AUGAGAAGCCUCUUUUCAUGGUUCAUCAGACUGAUUCAUGAUACUUGCAUUCAUUUGAAUAAAUCUAUGUUGCUCCUCUGCUUAUUCCACUCUAAUUCUACAAUGAGCUCUAUUGAUGAGAAGCCUCUUUCAUGGUUCAUCAGACUGAUUCAUGAUACUUGCAUUCAUUUGAAUAAAUCUAUGUUGCUCCUCUGCUUAUUCCACUCUAAUUCUACAAUGAGCUCUAUUGAUGAGAAGCCUCUUUCAUGGUUCAUCAGACUGAUUCAUGAUACUUGCAUUCAUUUGAAUAAAUCUAUGUUGCUCCUCUGCUUAUUCCACUCUAAUUCUACAAUGAGCUCUAUUGAUGAGAAGCCUCUUUCAUGGUUCAUCAGACUGAUUCAUGAUACUUGCAUUCAUUUGAAUAAAUCUAUGUUGCUCCUCUGCUUAUUCCACUCUAAUUCUACAAUGAGCUCUAUUGAUGAGAAGCCUCUUUCAUGGUUCAUCAGACUGAUUCAUGAUACUUGCAUUCAUUUGAAUAAAUCUAUGUUGCUCCUCUGCUUAUUCCACUCUAAUUCUACAAUGAGCUCUAUUGAUGAGAAGCCUCUUUCAUGGUUCAUCAGACUGAUUCAUGAUACUUGCAUUCAUUUGAAUAAAUCUAUGUUGCUCCUCUGCUUAUUCCACUCUAAUUCUACAAUGAGCUCUAUUGAUGAGAAGCCUCUUUUCAUGGUUCAUCAGACUGAUUCAUGA